AAUCUUAAUCCUUACUGUGAACAGGUUCAGAAAGGUCCAUCUAUCAUGCAACAUGGCAACAGCACAAAUGGGGCCCCUGUCUUCCUGGCUCUGAGUCCUGAGUUCCUUCCCACCCUUGAGCAGAGGCCAGGAAGGGAUGAAAAGCCCACUUUCUGAUGCCCUUUGUCCCUCCCUUUAGAGCUCCUGUCCCACAAAGGGUCACUGAGUCCCAAGGCAGAUGUGUGAAGGGACCGGGGGUGCCCUGUAUGAGGGGACCUAAUGGGCAGCAAAAUCCCAGAUUCACGUGGGAAGUGGAGAUGCCCUAGCAUUGCCCAGGCCCUCUUCCUUAGGGAGUCCCAGGGUGAGUAAGCGCUCCCUUACUCAGCGGUGAUGCCACCACCCUCUUCAGGGGCCCCUCCCAGCCAGGUGUCAGCAGAGAAGGAGGAGGAUGAGAGAGGGAGAAAAGAGGAGGCCACCACCACCAGCCAAGGCUGCUGGCUCCCAGGCCUGGUGUUGGUGGGAGGGACAGGGCGGGGCGGGAACAGUCAGCUGCCUGCCGGGAGCCAAACCGAAAGGAAAGCACUCCCGGCUGGACUGGGACAGGAUUCAGGGCUCCCAGGAGAGGGAGUGCUCAAGACAGCACUGGGACCCCAGGCUGAAGAGGGAUUCUGGCCCCUAGUGCCCACAGGCUUGGGGCUGAUUAGGAACGGAGGUACGGUGUCUGCCCCCCCCUUGGGGGGGCAGGACAGGGCCUUGGGCCUUGGUGCCUCCUGGUACAUGGAAGAUGCCUGUGCCUUGGUUCCUGUUGUCCUUGGCACUGGGCCGAAGCCCCAUGGUCCUCUCUUUAGAGAAGCUUAUGGGGCCUCAGGACACUGCCCGCUGCUCUCCGGGCCUUUCCUGCCACCUCUGGGAUGGUGACGUGCUCUGCCUGCCCGGGAGCAUCGUGUCUGCCCCGGGCCCUGUGCUGGUGCCCACACGCCUGCAGACAGAGCUGGUGCUGAGGUGCCACCAGGAGACUGACUGUGACCUCUGUGUGCGUGUGGCCAUCCACCUGGCUGUGCAUGGGCACUGGGAAGAACCUAAAGAUGAGGACAGGUCUGGAAGAGCCGCUGAUCUGGAGCUCGAGGAGCCUAGGAACGCCUUUCUCCAGGCCCAGGUGGUGCUCUCCUUCCAGGCCUACCCUACCGCCCGCUGCGUCCUGCUGGAGGUGCAAGUGCCUGCUGCCCUCGUGCAGCCUGGUCAGUCUGUGGGCUCUGUAGUAUUUGACUGCUUCGAGGCUGCUCUGGGGGCUGAGGUGCGACUCUGGUCCUACACUCAGCCCAGGUACCAGAAGGAACUCAACCUCACACAGCAGUUGCCUGACUGCAAGGGGCUUGAAGUCCAGGACAGCAUCCAGAGCUGCUGGGCCCUGCCCUGGCUCAGUGUGUCUGCCGAUGGCGAUGAUGUGCACCUCGUGCUGGACGUCUCUGAGGAGCAGCACUUUGGCCUCUCCCUGUACUGGAACCAGGUCCAGGGCCCUACAAAACCAUGGUGGCACAGCAACCUGACUGGGCCACAGAACAUUACCUUGAACCACACAGACCUGUUUCCCUGCCUUUGUAUUCAGGUGUGGCCGCUAGAGCCCGACUCUGUCAGGACGAGCCUCUGCCCCUUUAAGGAGGACCCCCGGGCACACCGGAACCUCUGGCGUGCAGCCCGGCUGCGGCUACUGUCCCCCCGGGGCUGGCAGCUAAAUGCACCCUGCUUGCUGCUUGCUGAGGCCACUCUGUGUUGGCAGGCACCAGGCGGGGGUCCCUGCCUGUCGCUGGUCCCACCGCUGUCCCGAGAAAAUGUCACUGUAAAUAAGACACUUGAGUUGCCAUUGCUGAAUGCCCACCCCAACCUCUGUGUUCAGGUGAGCAGCUGGGAGAAGCUGCAGCUACAGGAUUGCUUGUGGGCUGAUUCCCUCGGGGCCCUCAAGGAUGAUAUGCUGCUGCUAGAGACACGUGGUCCCCAGGACAACAGAUCGCUCUGUGCCUUGGAACCCAGUGGCUGCACCCCACUGCUCAGCCGGGCCUCCACGAGGGCAGCUCGCCUCGGAGAGCAGUUACUACAGGACCUGCAGUCAGGCCAGUGUCUGCAGCUCUGGGAAGAUGACCUGAGAGCACUAUGGGCCUGCCCCAUGGACAAGUACGUUCACCAGCGCUGGGCCCUGGUGUGGCUGGCCUGCCUACUCUUGGCCUCUGCACUUUUCCUUCUCUUCCUUGUCAAAAAGAACCAAGUGAAAGGGUGGCUGAGGCUCUUGAAGGAGGACCUCCGCGCGGGGGCUGUCGCCAGGGGCCGCGCGGCUCUGCUCCUCUACUCAGUGGAGGACUCUGGUUUCGAGCGCCUGGUGGGCGCCCUGGCCUCAGCGCUCUGCCAGCUGCCCCUGCGGGUGGCCGUGGACCUCUGGAGCCGUCGUGAACUGAGCGCGCAGGGCCCCCUGGCCUGGUUCCACGCACAGCGGCGCCAGACCCUUCAGGAAGGGGGCGUGGUGGUCCUGCUCUUCUCGCCGGGGGCCGUGGCACUAUGCCACGAGUGGCUGCAGGACGGGGCGUCAGGGUCCGCCCCGCACGGCCCGCACGACGCCUUUGCCGCCUCGCUCAGCUGCGUGCUGCCCGACUUCCUGCAGGGCCGGGCGCCAGGCCGCUACGUGGGGGCCUACUUCGACGGACUGCUCCACUCGGAGGCCGUGCCCGCUCUUUUCCGCAGCGUACCCGUCUUCUCCCUGCCCUCGCAGCUGCCCGACUUCCUGGGGAUCCUGCAGGGGCCUGGCACCCCCCGUCCUGGGCGGCUCGGGGAGAGGGCGAAGCGAGUGUCCCGAGCCCUGCAGCCUGCCCUGGACCAGCUGCUUCAGUCUCCCGGGGAUCCCGGAGAUCCCGAGGACUGCACGCAGGUUGGCACGUGAGGCAGGGGCGACGGCUCGAAUAAAGGCAGACGCUAUUUUUCUA